AAUAAAUAAAUGCAAAAGAAGAUUCCGGAGGCAGCCAAACUGAGAAAGAAAUCAUUGAGUGGGUCUCAAGAAGUUGAAAGCAAAAGAAAAGCAUUUAAUUUAUCCAGCUGUCAUUUUGAAUGGCUGUCCCUAUCUGGAAAAGUGACCGUUGGAAGCUUCAACGUUAAGCUGACCGUUGGAUGGGAAUUGGAGGAUAUUUAUACACCACACCUUACUUUUUUUUCUCUUCAGGCACAGAAUCUGAAGCCUUCAAGAAUAAGCCAACUUCCUUCUUCCCCUUUUCUCUCUGUAUUUAUAUAAAUCUCACACAAAUUCUUCCUUCCAUUCAACUCAAACAUGGGUUUGGUGGUGGUGAUCUCUCUGCCAUUGAUUCUCUUCUGCCUCCUACUCGGUUUCGGGUGUUACUUUAUCGGCAGAGCAAAAGGGAGACAAGACAUACGCACCAAUGCCCAGGUGUUCGGGGUGCCCACGCCGCCUCCCGGAAGCGCUGCUGCUCAUUCUCCGCCCCCGCCGCCUCUUUUCAAGCUUGAUAAUUCUGCCAACGUUUGAUUAGUAAUCAGAUCAAAGUUCAACUCUUCACUGUACUGCAAUUGUGUAAAUUCUGUACUAUCAGUUAAACUUCCAUACUCUAUGAAUCAUGUUUCAGUUUUUGUGUGUCCUACAAGUUUUUGUGCAUUCAAUCAAAUGAACUCACCUUGGAAGUA